AGUGAAGAAGGUGAAAAUGAUUUUCCACCACCAACACCACUUUCAGCCACUGCUAGUUUUGAUUUUGACGAAAUGCCGUGGUUUCCGAAAAAGAUUUCCGAACUGGACAUGGCUCAAAAUGUGCUUAUGUAUGGCAGUGACCUGGACGCUGAUCAUCCAGGGUUUAAGGAUCCGAUUUAUAGAAAACGUCGAGAACACUUUUACAAAAUUGCCAUGAACUACAAACAUGGACAACCUAUACCUAAAGUAAAAUAUACGCCAGAAGAAAUCAAAACUUGGGGAACAGUUUUGCGUGAACUUCACAAACUGUACGAGAAACACGCUUGCAAAGAGUACUUGGAAAAUUGGCCUCAGCUGGUAAAGUACUGCGGUUACAGAGAAGAUAACAUUCCGCAACUGCAAGACGUCAGCGCCUUUCUAAAACGAAAAACUGGAUUUCAACUGAGACCGGUCGGAGGUUACUUAAGCGCCAGAGACUUUUUGGCGGGCCUAGCUUUCAGGGUGUUCCAUUGCACGCAAUAUAUAAGGCAUUCCAUUGAUCCUUUUUAUACUCCAGAACCAGAUUGCUGUCACGAGCUACUGGGUCAUAUGCCAUUACUAGCAAAUCCGAGUUUCGCACAGUUCUCACAAGAACUAGGACUAGCUUCUUUGGGAGCCUGUCAAGAGGAUAUUGAUAGAUUGGCGACGCUCUAUUUUUUCACCGUCGAAUUCGGAAUGGCGAAACAAGAUGGCGACCUAAAGGUGUACGGGGCGGGUUUGCUCAGUUCAGUAGCGGAAUUGAAGCACGCUAUAGCUUCGAGUGAUAAAGUUAAACGUUUCGACCCCGACCUCACAUGCCAGCAGGAAUGUAUUAUCACCGACUACCAAUUGGGAUACUGGUACACUGAUUCGUUUGAAGAAGCUAAAGAAAAAAUGAGGACUUUCGCUGAACAAAUAAAACGGCCGUUCGGCAUCAGAUACAAUCCAUAUACUCAGAGUGUGGAGGUUUUGAGCAAUGAAAAAAAAAUUACGGCUUUGGUUUCUGAGCUGAGAGGCGAUUUAUGUAUAGUGAACAGUGCCCUCAAGAAAAUCAGCGCAAGAGAUUCCACGCUGGAUAUGAACAGAAUAGCGUCCCUUCUCCAGAAAGGACUGAUCACGGAAAAUAACGGUGGAACGACGAACAACGAAAAUCAAAAAGAUAAUAACUAA